UUACCUGCAGAACGACACAGAGUAAUCAUUAACAGCUUCUUGGGCUUAAGGAUCACGAGGAGGAACCCUGCAGGAGGGAGCCUGGCUUGCCGACACGCGCCGCCCCUCCUCCCGCCUGCGGCUGUGCCCCGGGACAGGGUAUCCUCAGAUGAUCUCAAAAAGGAGAAAAAGAUAACUAUGAUGGCUCACCAGUACUCUUCUUGGAUCUUCAUCAAUGAGAGGACGUUCAUUACCAGGGAUGAACUAAAUUCUUUAUUGAAGAACUAUAACAUUUUUUAUGGGGACCAGAAAAAUCUGCAUAUUUUAUAUGGACAGACUGAAGAUGGUAGUCCAGUUGUUGAAGGAAUGUUGGAUAUUUUCUGGGGCGUUAAACGACCAAUACAACUGAAAAUACAAGAUGAGAAACACAUCCCUAUGUUGAAGUCACCAGAUGUCUUUUCCAAAGGGAGAAUGACACGCUGGGGGGAAUUUGAUGAUCUUUAUCACAUCAGUGAUUUGGACAGGACCCAGAUUCCAGUGUCUGAAGCAACAAAUUCCCAGGAAGAUUAUUUAUUUUAUCACAGCAACACUCUCAAGCCUAUUGCAGAACAAGAGCCAGAAUCCCCAUUGCUCUAUAGAACCAUGAGUGAAGCAACCCUGGUGGGAAAAAGGAUGAAGCCUAUAAUCAUGGGCAGAAAAGACAAACAGAACCAUAGGGCCUCUAUUAAUGGACAUUUUUACAACCAUGAAACAUCAAUUUUCACUCCAGUCUUUGGUUCAGAAACUAAGGUCAGAAUAAACAGUAACAUGAGGACUGAAGAAGUAAUAAAACAACUUCUAAAAAAAUUUAAGAUUGAAAAUAGUGCCCAGGAUUUUGCACUUUACAUUAUUUUUUCAACAGGAGAGCAGAAACGACUGAAGAAGACAGACAUUCCACUCCUGCACAGGCUGAUCCAGGGACCUUCCAAAAUGAAUGCCCGCAUUUUCCUCAUGGAUAAAGAUGCAGAAGAAAUUAGCAGUGAUGUGGCUCAGUACAUUAACUUUCAUUUUUCUCUACUGGAAGCAAUCCUUCAAAGAUUAAAUGAAGAAGAAAGAAGAGAGAUUCAAAAAACAAAAUUAAAAUUCUCAAAUGAAAAGGCUUUUAUACUGCAUUGUCUUCAAAGAAAAUAUAUAGUAAAAACAGAGACGACAGUUUAGCUGUACAGCUCAUUAUUGCUGAAACACUUCAAAACUAGAGAUGUUAACUAUUUAAUUAGUGUAUACAUUCUAUACUUGAACUUGAAUCUACAGAAAGUUGAAUGCUGAAAUACAUAGGUGAACUAAAAUCUGUAGAAAAGUGAAUGUUGAAAAGGCUUGUCUCUCUUUGAAGUAAUAGCAUUAACUAGGGUUCAGAGUUGGACUGAAAUGAGCUGGCAUUUAUUUCAGUAACUGAAAUAAGCUUGGAUACCAUGUAUUCCAAAUAAUUUUUAUAGUAAAAUGCUCAAUGAACUUGAAUGGCAACUUCAUAUAUCCAAACAGUUUAAACUUCUUUUAGCUUGAACUGUGAAAAGAACUGAAAUAUGAUCAACCAACGCUCAGAAAUGAUUCAAAAGUAAAAAAAGCUGCAAACUCUUAAAAAGUACAUGCUCUCCUCUCUGAUGGUGACAGAUAUUUUACAGUUCCUCGAAAAUUCUAGCAUUUUCAUUAAAUCUAGGUCUCUAUAUGGAUAGGGAACUAUUGGUCAUCUGUAACAUCAGAGUUCUCUGCCUUUUGGGAUAGAAAAUGUUAUAGAUUCUGUUAAGCAAUUCAAACUGUAGUUUUCUCAAUAUGGGUCCUUUUUUCAAAUGUGCUCUUAAGCAUUUUUUUUUGAUCAGUUGAACUAGUUUUAUUUUCAUAAACAUAUAUACCACAGAAUUCAAUGAAGAUGGUGUAAUUGUAGCAACUAGUUUUAUUUUCCCAAAUACAUGUAUCAUUUAAUAUAUUUCACCAACUAGGACAAGACUUGGGCCUCAGUAAUCAUUUGUUGCUGUAUGUAUAAGACAAUGCAAAGUUAUUAUAGCUGAAGCUAGGCAAGGAAUUAGGAGCUCUGUCCUUUUCUCUAGUAUAACUCUUUCUAAGGACAACUCACAAGGUGCUUACAGUCUGCUAAACCAAUUUGAAAAAACAUUGAAAAUGCCAGAUAUACCAUUUGUGCUUUUAUUUGUGAACUCUAUAUUAAAAUGGAGUUUUAUGCAACAUUCUUCAUAUUCU